CCUGCAUCUCGCCGUGCCUCACGCAGCCCGCCCCUCCCCUCUGCCACGCCGUCCGCCCACCAUGGCACUCACCGGCGUCAAUGGCAUCGACGGCAUCGACGACGCCGCCCACCCCCUCGCCGUGCUCGUCUCGUCGCGCGCCGUCCUCACCCUGCCCGACGGCUCGCUCGUCGUCUCGCCCGCCACCGUGGCCGUGUCCCCCGCGACGGGCAAGAUCGUGUCCGUGACGCCCGAGGUGCUCCCCGCGAGCCGCUUCCCCGCGGGCACCGCCUACGCGGACCACUCGCCGCGGCUGCUGCUGCCGGGCCUCGUCGACGCGCACGUCCACCUCAACGAGCCGGGCCGCACCGAGUGGGAGGGCUUCUGGACGGGCACGCGCGCGGCGGCCAGCGGCGGCGUCACCACCGUCGUCGACAUGCCCCUCAACGCCAUCCCCCCGACCACCACCGUCGCCAACCUGCGCGAGAAGCUGCGCGCCAGCCGCGGCCAGUGCUGGGUCGACGUCGGCUUCUACGGCGGCGUCAUCCCGGGCAACGCCGACGACCUGCGGCCCCUGGUCGACGCCGGCGUGCGCGGCUUCAAGGGCUUCCUGAUUGAGUCUGGGGUCGACGAGUUCCCCGCCGUGUCGCCCAAGGACGUGGCCCUCGCCAUGGAGGCGCUCAAGGACAGCGCCACGACGCUCAUGUUUCACGCGGAAAUGGUGCCCGCCGAGACCGGCGCCAGCAGCAGCAGCAGCAGCACCACCACCACCACCACCACCGCAGACCAGACCGCGUACCAGACGUUCCUCGACUCGCGGCCGCCCUCGUACGAGACCACGGCCGUCGAGCAGAUCCUGGCGCUGGCGCACCUCGCGCCCUCGCUGCCGCUGCACAUUGUGCACCUGUCGGCGACGCAGUGCAUCCCGCUGCUGCGGGCGGCGCGCGCGCGCGGCGUCAACAUCACCGCCGAGACGUGCUUCCACUACCUGGGGCUGUCGGCCGAGGAGAUUGCCCGCGGCGACACGCGCCACAAGUGCUGCCCGCCCAUCCGCGAGGGCCGCAACCGCGACGGCCUGUGGGACGAGCUCGUCGCCAAGGACUCGUGCAUCCGCACCGUCGUGUCGGACCACUCGCCCUGCACGCCCGAGCUGAAGCUGCUGCCGGAGCAUCUCGAUUCGACGCGCAAAGACGCCGACCUGACCAACGGCACCGCCCCGCCGCCGCAGCAGAACGGAGGCAAGGGCGGCGACUUCAUGGCCGCGUGGGGCGGCAUCUCGUCCGUCGGCCUGGGCCUGCCGAUCCUGCACACGGCGUCGCGGGAGCGCAUCGAGGCGGCGGGCGGCGACGAGGGCCGCGCGCCGUCGCUCACGGACAUUGUGCGGCUGUGCUGCCAGGCGACGGCGGAGCAGGUCGGGCUGGCGCACCGCAAGGGCGCGCUGCGGGCGGGCAUGGACGCCGACGUGUGCGUCUUCGACGACGCCGAGGCGUGGACGUUUUCGCAGGGCGACAUGCGCUGGAAGAACCGCUGCUCGCCGUGGGAGGGGCGCCGCUUCGUCGGCCGCGUGCGCGAGACGUGGCUGCGCGGCCGCAAGGUCUUUGAGCUGGGGGCGGGGCGCGACGGGUUCGUCGCCGACGCGCCCUUUGGCGAGAGCAUCACGGAGCGGAGGACGUGAGUGCGGGUUGGUCGCCGACACGCCGUUUGGCAAGGGCAUCACGGAGCGGAAGGCGUGAGCGCCGCGGGGCAUAGAGUAGACGGCAUAGACGUUACGCAAUGCAUAGCCAUCAUUUCCAUCAUGAUUCCAUCUUCGUGAUGCGACGUGCCCUCACUGACCCAACCAGCCAGCAUGUCGGCCUAAACAUCCAGUUGAGUG